AUGGGAUAGCAAUAAACUAAAUAACCAAUUCAUGUUCUCAUUAAGGAUAUUGAAUAUUUUAAUAAAGUUAUCAAGUAAUAACCAUUUCCUAUUUUAUUUUCAAGGUCAAUGCCUUUACAGAAAGAAUUAAAUAAAUAGAUCGGAGCAGAAUUAAUUUAGAAUAGAUUAACAUUUUAAGAACAAUUACUCUAAUUCACCACCAAAACAGACCUUGCUAUCAUACUCAAAAUAGAUGACAGAUAGAAAUUAAUAGAUCAAGAAACAUUCUAUAAAUUAAAAUAACUAAUUCAAGAUCUAGCUUAUUUGUACAUGAAAAAUAAUGAGGAUGAAGUUUGCCAAAUUUGCUUUGAAAAAAAAAUUGAGAAACUAUUACCUUGUGGACAUAGUUAUUGCUAAAAUUGCAUUGAUGGAUGGUUUAGUGUAAAACUUAGAGAUUCUUGCCCAAUGUGUAGAACCAGAUUUACUAAAUAAAAAAUGCUUGAGAAUUCAUACUGCUUUCCAGAUGAAAAAGAUUUUAUAGAUUCAUUUAAAGAAGAAGUCUUGAAACAUUUAAAUUGA